ACACCGCCAAAUAGAAGACGCUCAAAAUAUCAACAAAGCCACAUCAUUGACUGCCUCAGUAAGAUAAAUUGUGACGCUCCAACGCCAGACUUGGUUAAAGGACCUUGGAAAUUGAAGUUGAAAUAAAUAACUGUCAAAAAAGAAGUGCAUUUCUUGGUCUUGUUGGGAACUUGUUGUGACUGCUGUCCAUUUUAUUUUUCUAUAAUUCGCGAAGCACCAAAUGCAGACUUGGUGAGUGAGAGGUCCUUGGAACUUAAAAGUUACGGUACAAAAUUAUCGAAAAGGAACCCUAUUCCUUGGUCUUGUUGGGAACUUGUGAGGGCCAUCGUUCAUUUUAUUUUGCUAUUCUUCAAAAAACAGAUGAAAUGUCCUUCGAAUCCUAAGUAGGAUUGAGUAUUGUACAUAUAAAAUCCUGUGGAAAUGGAAGCUGAAGGCUCGUCAUCACCGCUGCUACUCAAAGAAGAGAAGGAGGAUCUGGAGGAGGGUCCAACUGAAAACGCAGAUGACAACUCUUCGUUUGCAGACCCCUUGUUAGAAUUCAAGGCAGAACCAGAAUUUUUUGACUAUGGUGAUUUUGAUGUGAACCGUUCUUCCCAAUUUACUAUGAAGUGUGAAAAGGACAGCUCUCCAAGCUGUGAUGAUGAGAGCGGAAAGGAAAAGAUCUGUAUUGGAGGAGAAAAUAGACAUUUGGGUAGAAGUAACACAACAGGGAAGCGAUUAACUUGUAUUGAAUGCCAAAGGACAUUUUCAAAAAUUGACAAGCUGAAAUCCCACAUGAGAACUCAUAUGGGAGAGAAACCAUAUACUUGCUCUACAUGUCUAAGAAGUUUUUCUGGUUCAAGUCAUCUCAAACGUCACAUGAGAACUCAUACAGGAGAGAAACCAUAUGCUUGCUCAAUAUGUCAAAGAAGUUUUUCUCUUCAAGGUAAUCUCAAAAUACACAUGGGAACUCAUACAGGAGAGAAACCAUAUACUUGCUGUACAUGUCAAAGAAGUUUUUAUGGUUCAAGUUAUCUCAAACGUCACAUGAGAACUCAUACAGGAGAGAAACCAUAUGCUUGCUCAAUAUGUCAAAGAAGUUUUUCUCUUCAAGGUAUUCUCAAAACACACAUGGGAACUCAUACGGGAGAGAAACCAUAUACUUGCUCUAUAUGUCAAAGAAGUUUUUCUAGGUCAAGUCCUCUCAAACGUCACAUGAGAACUCAUACAGGUGAGAAACCAUAUACUUGCUCUAUAUGUCAAAGAAGUUUUUCUACUUCAAGUUCUCUCAAAAAUCACAUUAGAACUCAUACAGGAGAGAAACCAUAUACUUGCUCUGUAUGUCAAAAAAGUUUUUCUCGUCAAGGUGACCUCAAAAUACACAUGAGAACUCAUACGGGAGAGAAACCGUAUACUUGCUCUACAUGUCAAAGAAGUUUUUAUGGUUCAAAUGCUCUCAAAUAUCACAUGAAAACUCAUACAUGAGAGAAACCAUAUACUUGUCCUAUAUGUCAAAGAAUUUUUUAUGGUUCAAAUGCUCUCAAAUAUCACAAAAACUCAUAGGGGAGAGAAACCAUAUACUUGUCCUAUAUGUCAAAGAAGUUUUUAUGGUUCAAAUACUUUCAAAUAUCACAUGCAAACUCAUAUGGGAGAGAAACCAUAAACUUGUCCUAUGUAUCAAAGUAGUUUUUAUGGUUCAAAUGCUCUCAAAUGUCAUAUGAGAACUCAUACGGGAGAGAAACCAUAUACAUGCUUAGUAUGUCAAAAAGGUUUUUCUGAUUCAAGUGCUGUCAAUUAUCAAAUGAAAACUCAUACAGGAGAGAAACUAUAUACUAUAUAAUUGUUCUAUAUGUCAAAAAAGUUUUUCUCAAUCAAGUGCUCUCAAAUAUCACAUGCAAACUCAUAUGGGAGAGAAACCAUAAACUUGUCCUAUGUAUCAAAGAAGUUUUUAUGGUUCAAAUGCUCUCAAACGUCACAUGAGAACUCAUACGGGAGAGAAACCAUAUACUUGCUCUGUAUGUCAAAAAAGUUUUCCUGAUUCAAGUGCUGUCAAUUAUCACAUGAAAACUCAUACAGUAGAAAAGGGAUUUUGAUGAAGGAAAAAUCUAUUUCUGGGUGAGGACCUGUGUCGCCCGGUGAAAAAUCCCUGUAACUCAUUUUUCAAGUACUGGUGGCCCUCGGUUAGCGUCAGGGGUUCCGUUCCUGGCCGCCGACGCUAAGUGAUUUUCGACGCUAAGCGAUUUUAAAGCCUAAGGCCACCGCACACCUUCUUUCGAAACUAGACCAGUCAAAGGCGCUGUAAUCCCACAAUGGCGCAAUAAGUAAAAUUAUAUUUAUGCAGUAUAGUACUAGAAAAUUUACUAUACAGUAGUACUGUACAGUACAUUAUAGCAUUGUAAAUACUGUAAAGUGAAAACAGCCUAGCUUUAAUCCUUUGGGUGGCUAGAGUAUGUAAAGAUAUAUAAUAGUUUAUACAGUGUACAGGUAGCUGUAGUGUUCAAGUUACGAUCAUUAGUCUUACGAUAGUACGAUUUUAUGAGAGAUCAAAUUACAAUGGCCUAACUUUAUCCAUCUUCUAGUUACAUAAGUUCAAUAACAGCAAAAGAGAAUGAUGAAAGUAUGGUUUUAACGUUAUACUCGUUGCGUGAACGUGUACAGCCAUGAACAACAGAAUGAGA